CUGAGGAGCCCGGUUCAAAUCCGGCCUCCUGAGUUUGCAUGUUCUCCCCGUGUUUUUUCCCCCCAGCUAUUGCGGUUUCCUCUCACAUCACAAAAGCGUGCAUGGGAGGUUAAUUGAAAACUCUAAAUUGUCCGUAGGUGUGAAUAGUUGUUUGCUUAUAUGUGCCCUGCAAUUGGCCGGCGACGAGUUCAGAGUGCACCCCGCCUCUCGCCCAUGCAGAGUCAGCUGGGAUAGGUUCCAGCAUGCCCACGACCCUUGGGAGGAUAAGCACUGUCGAAAAAAGAUGGAUCUUUUCUCGACCUGGGCUAUCUGGCCUUCAUUUGUGGAGUUUGCAUGUUGCACCUUCCCUUGUGUGGGUUUUCUCCAGUGUCCAGCCAUUCAUCUCUGGCAGAAGAGAAAACUUCAACUAAGUCCAGAACAGUGCAGUGACUUCUACACGGAACAUCACGGAAAACUAACCUUUCCAAAAUUGACGGCCUACAUGAGCUCCGGUCCAAUCAUUGCUUUGACUCUGGCUCGGGACAACGCAAUAGCCCACUGGAAGGCCAUCAUUGGACCUAUCAAGGCCACAGAAACUCAUCCAGAAAGCCUCCGAGCAAAAUAUGCCACGUCUGAGCUGGAGAAUGCUCUCCAUGGCAGCGAGUCAUUUCAUGUGGCAGAGCGAGAGAUCAAAUUCAUGUUCCCAAACACGCUAACUGUCCCCACAAGAGAAGAAACUGAAGAAUACCUGAGUCGGUAUGUGAACCAAACUUUGCUUCAAGGACUCACCGAGCUCUGCAAGCACAAACCUCUCAACCCCUGUGUCUGGCUUGCUGAGUGGCUCAUCAAAAACAAUCCAAACAAGCCUCAAAUAUGUGAUGGAGCUGUUCUGAAAGGAGCAGAGUGACAUCAGGGAAAAGAGCGGGGAAAAAAAGAAUAUAAUAAUGUAAUCAAAUAUGAAUAUGUCAUCUUGACAAUAGUACUUUCAGUGCUAGUGACAGACCUUUUACAAACAGUCAUCAUAUGGCAUCUCAAGUUACCUUGCAUGUGUAUUUUAAGUACAUCACCCUAUAAUUUAGAGGUUGAAGGAUUAAAAUGAAAAUGUGACAGGGAACUUAGCUGGUGUUAACACUCUUAAGUGCUUUAUGUCCUAAAAAAACAACAACUUGUACAGUAAAUAUCAAAGUGCCCAUAAAUAGCCCCCCCCCCAAAAAAAAAAACCCACACACACCCAUGUUCUUGUCUAUUUUUUCAAUACAUUAUUUAAACAGUUUAUGUCAAGUACAUACAACAUAUACUAGCGCUCUAACAAAUACAAAAAAAGGGAUAGAAAAAAGUACCAUUAAAUGUCGGCCACGUUUACAAAUGUAUGCAUUUUGUAGGACUAGGAAUUUGCAGAGUGAAAUAAAUUACACGAAGAAAUGUGGAAAGUUGAAUGUGUACAAAGAAGUGGACCUCAAAUUGUUGUACAAUUACUGUACCUCUAGUGGGACACAAAAUAAUCACUCAAUGUUACAGUGGCCUCAAAUGUUUUUUAAAUCCAGUACAGUCCAUUUAAGUGCCAUUCAGUUGUAUUUAACUUUAAUUUACAUUUUGUUGUAAAUCAAUAAAAAAUCAAUACUAUUGGUUGGUCCCAAUGUGGGGCUGUUCUUACAAAUUGAGUAGCUGUGGCUCAGUAGGUAGAGAGGCUCUGACUGUCUGCAUGUCAAAGUUUAACAAAAAAUAAACCAACAUGCAUGGAAAUGCAUUACGUCUUGCUUUGUACAGUAUUCGUGCAGUUUUAAACCCCACCAGACCCUCAAACUUCAAUGUCUGUGAUUUAAAAAAAUAAGAAUUGUGUGUUCAUAAUUACCUACAUUCACUAUUCCGAUGGCUCUUUUUUUGCAUAGCGCAUAAUGGUUGUACCCUUGUAAGAUAUAGCAGUUAUAUAUAUACACUUACCCUUGUAAGUGAUACCCCACAC